UAGGGAAGGAGACGACAUCUGAGAGCCCUGGGUCACCCUACCCAUCCAGCCUCUAUCAUUGCUGCUUUGUUCCAUAUUUAGCCCCUGACAACUGCGUGUAGUGCAGGAACUCCCAGCUCUGUUUUUUCCCUCCCCCCUCUGCUGUCUCCGCUCCCUGAGAGCUUUCAGAAAUUGCUUUCUUUUUCCCUGUGGCCUUAACUUACUGUCCCUAUACCCAAGAAGAUGGCAGAAAAGCAGGAGGAGCCCAGCAACGCUCAGAACGGUGAACCUGACAACGCAGAAGAGGGCGAGGGAAAAAAGAAGAAGAAGGUGAAGCGGGAAGACCUGCCACCCUUUGAAAUCGUGACAGGGGAGCGCCUCCCAGCCAUAUUUUUCAAAUUCCAGUUCAGGAACGUGGAAUACAGCUCAGGCAGGAACAAAACCUUCCUGUGUUACGUUGUCGAGACCCAAGGCAAAGAGUCAGUGACUUCUCGGGGCUACCUGGAAGAUGAGCACGCAGCUGCCCACGCAGAAAUUGCUUUCUUUAACACAAUUUUGCCCAAGUGCGAAUCAAGUCUCCGCUACAACGUGACCUGGUACGUCUCCUCCAGUCCCUGCGUGACCUGCGCUGAUCGGAUAACCGAGACCCUGAAGAAGAACAAGAACCUGCGCCUGACGAUCAUGGUAGGGCGCCUCUUCAUGUGGGAAGAGCCAGAAAUGCAGGCUGCUCUGAAAAAAAUGAAGUCAGCUGGCUGCAAGCUGAGGAUUAUGAAGCCUCAAGACUUUGAGUAUGUCUGGCAGAACUUUGUGGAACAGGAGGAAGGAGAGGAAGCAAAGGCUUUCGUGCCGUGGGAGGACAUUCAAGAGAACUUCCAGUAUUAUGAGGAAAAGCUGGCUGAGAUUCUGCACUGAAGCUCACGACCAAUUCAGGAAAGAUCUGCGAAGAGAGACGUGGCAGACUUGGCAUCUAGGACACUCCUGCUUUCCGAAGCUUCGACUCCAGCAGGUGCAGUACUAACUCCUGCAAGAUUAGGCUCUGAUGGAUUACCAAUACAUGUACAACACCUUUGGUGUCUGGGAUUUUCUGGUUUAUUUUUUGUUCUUCUGCACCCACCCUCCCUCUCCCCCUCCCAAAACAAACCUGUGCUGCCUCUGCUGUAAGAAAAGGCAACAAACUGCGUGGUUUAAGCCUCGAACAAAAUGGAUCGCAGUGAAUCUACAGGACAAGGGUGUAGGCCUCGCAUACCAGGACUACUUUAGGAGAAGAGAUCGUAGAACAAAGCUGCUGAUUAGAUAAACGUAUCUAGAAAGAAUAUACUUCAUAAAUAUUAAAAAGAAAGGGAGUUAAGAUGAAUAAAAAAGUUUUUAUUCUUUGUCCUUCUCAAUAAUAGUAACUGUGAUUUAAAUUAGGGUUAACUCAUCGAUUGUACAAUUAUGACGGAGCCAACAGUACUUGAUUUCAAAUGCAUCAAAUACCUUUUUCCCCCUUGUUCAAUGAUGUCUGUGAUAUAAAUCUGGGAAGAGGAAAGUGAAAUAAAAUUGGAAGCCACUGAAAAGAAGUAAAGCAUUGUUAUUCCUUCUCUAUUUCAAAGAGGUCCUAAAAUUAAUCUGACAAGUGAGACAUCCUGGGACAGCCACGUAUGAAAUGUUUCCUUCCAAAGCGCAGCAUGACGAGAAGGGAGCGUUACGCAGUGCCAGAAAGUUUCAUGAGUAUGUGCAAGCAUGGAGACACAGAGAGGGAAAGAGGGGCAUCGUGCUUUCCAUGUAAAACAAGACUCAGACCAAACAAAGGUCACGGGGAAGCUCAUCAGCUAGAAAACCGAGUCAGACAGGGGUUGUUCUUCCAAUUACUUUUUGAUGUUGCUGCAUUGUCGCGGGCUGGAAGGGUGCUACACCCACACACCCCCUGACUGCAGAAGUCUCUUCACUCGACUGCACUCAAUUCUGGCACAAACUUUCCAGGCAACAAAAACAAGCAGCAGUGAGAACACCUUUGUGCAGCCACUGUGGAUUUCGUGUCUUUGCCACUAGCUCUAAGAAACAAACAUAAAUAAGCACAGGAACUAAAUCAAUGAGCAGUCCUGAUGUUCACUCAUGAUCGGCUCAAUACUCCCAGUUCCUACUUGCUUUACUCAGUUUAUUUCUCUGAGUUGUGGAUUCAGCUAUAGCAAGAAGUUCACAAAAAAAAAGGACAGUCAACAGAGAGGAACAGUAUGAAGCUCUUAAAGACAAACAGAAUUUGCAGAUCUGCAUAAACAAAGAAAACAUACAAUACAGAUUCAUCCACAACACACAAAACAGAAAAGGCUCCGCACGCUUAACAGGUCACAAAAAGUAACUAGGAACCCUAUUUUACAACAACAAAAUCUUGACUGUCUUAUCUAUUAGGUUUAUUCAACAUAUUUGGCAUUUUCACAAGCAUUCAGCAUGACAGAAGUCAAAAGAUUUGGUAUUAUGGGACAGUGGGGAAAAAAACAAACAAGGGAAAUGCCGAGAGUUCUUCAGCACUGGAACCUAAUUUUCCAAACUCCAGUGUACAGCAGUGGUUCAAUACACUGAUUUGUGUUUAUUUGGUGACAACAAACACCAAACUGCACACAACAGCUCAACUACAAAAGCAG